CGUGUCUCUACCUGUUGAAGCAUUAUAUUUGUCAAAGUCAGGCAGCCUACUACAAUUGGGGUCUUGCUGCAACCGCGGUCGCAUUGACCUGUGCUUGCACCGAGUUGUUCACUGUUGCUGCACCGCUCCAUGUCACAGUUACGUCUGCUUAAAAAACCCAUCACAAACAUGUCAAUUCCAGCAAACAGCUCUGCCACUGCGGCUUAUGAUAUAGUGGUUGUAGGAUCCUGCAUGACUGACUUGGUCAGUUUUACACCACGUUUACCUAAAGCUGGAGAAACCAUACACGGGCACAAAUUUUUCAUUGGAUUUGGAGGGAAAGGAGCCAACCAAUGUAUCCAGGCAGCACGGCUUGGAGCCAAAUCCACAAUGGUUUGCAAGGUUGGGAAAGAUUCAUUUGGAGAAAAUUACAUCCAAAACUUCAAAAGUAAUGGCGUAUCUACAGAAUACGUGGGCCAAACAAGUGAAGCAUCGACAGGAGUUGCUCCCAUUACAGUGAACGAUGACGGACAGAAUGCAAUUGUUAUAGUGGCUGGGGCUAACCUGCUCUUGAAUUGUGAAGAUUUGGUACGAGCUACGAACACGAUCCGUUCUGCAAAGGUGGUUGUCUGCCAACUGGAAAUUCAACCUGUCAUCUCAUUGGAAGCCUUAAAAAUAGCACAUGGGGCUGGUGUGAAGACCAUCUUCAACCCUGCUCCGGCUAUUGCUGAUCUUGAUCCCGAUUUCUACAAAAACACAGAUGUCUUCUGCUGCAAUGAGACCGAGGCGGGGAUCUUAACUGGUGUUGAAGUGGCCAGCGUUGAAGAUGCUACGAAGGCAGGCUCCAAACUGCUGGAGAAGGGUUGCACCUCAGUGAUUGUCACUCUGGGGGCAGAGGGCACUCUGCUGAUGACACAGGGCCAGCGAGCUCCCCUGCACAUUCCCACCAAGAACGUGAAGGCAGUGGACACAACGGGUGCGGGAGACAGCUUUGUGGGCGCCCUGGCGUUCUACAUGGCUAACUAUUCUUGUCUGGACCUGGAGGAGAUGAGCAGAAGAGCGUGUGCCAUUGCCACCAUCAGCACUCAGGCACAAGGGACACAAGCCAGCUACCCCAGCAGACCACAGCUCCCACCAGAACUAUUUUAGGCAAAGCUGCCCGCUUCACGACGAGACGAAGAAUCGAGACACUCAACACUCCAAACACUCCAAAGGUCUUUAUGGUACAUUGUUAAGGAUAACUAACAACUUGUAAAUAAAAGUGUUCA